ACCACGAUUCAACAGCGUCCCAACUGCACACAGCCCAUGUUGCUCGGCUCACACACUCACACAAAGCAAACAAACCUGUUUGUCUGCCUGUUAGCUACCCGGAAACUGAUCACAGAGAGAGAGAGAGAGAGAGAGAGGGAGAAAGAAAGGUGAAUGUCUGCAGUUGAGUUCCUGUCCUUAACCAGCAUGAGCGUGAGUGCCUCUUCAAAAUUUAGGACACGGAGAUACAAUCAGACAGACUGAGAGAAACCAUAUGGAUGAGAGAGAUAAUGGCUAAGCAGGAGCACUGAAUGUUUGUAAGGGUGGAGUGAUGGUAGGACCUGGACGCCGGUAGAUCUGAGAGUAAAGCUUUAGUAUUUUUGGGGUCAUGGUUUUGGGUUUCUCUUUGCUUGUUUGUAAUGGAGACAUGGCAAAAAGACACAUGACUAGAACUUUGCACCUUUUGUCCAUGGUGCAAUAACACUUUUUUUUUUUGAGGACACUGAAAACAACCUGCGUAGUUUUUUUCUUCUCAGGUGUUGAGUCUGUAUUUCGGGUAAGUGAGAUUUUCUUGUUUUGCUCGUGAAGAAUGUAUCUUGUGAAACGCAUGUGGCUAAGACGACAAAUGUCUCUCAUCACUUCUUCGCAUUUGAUCUGACCCGUGGACCUUAACAUGGACAACGUAAGGUUUUUAAACUGGAUUACUGCAGUGGUAAGAUGACUAUUCAUUUUAAAAUCAUCAGUUACAUCUGCGUUUGAACUGUUGUUUUAUCCUUAUAUCAUCAUCAUCACUGAUAACAGGACAAAGUGUUACUGGGGAUGUGGUUUUCAGAUAAAUCACACUGCCUAAAAAUAGAUUUCUUUUCGGAAAAUAAUGGGGAUGCAAAACCACUUGUUAUUGUAUCUGACCAUUUGAUAAGUUAUAACAUCAGACGUUUUCAGCUUUUCGUGCUAGCUCUGCUAAAAAAUGCCACUCUUCAUAAACUCGAUCAGCCAUCAGCUGUCACACGCAUAAAAGAGGAUAUCUCCAUCGACUACACUUUAAUUGUGCGAAGGAAGUGAUUGGUUUCAACACUAUUUUAAAUGACUGUUGAUUCAGACACACGUCAGAAUCUUAAAUAGCACUCCACGUGUGCCACAUUGGAUAUAUCUCAUCUAUCAUGGCAACGGCUAGACGUACAAGUCAGACGCCUGAUGCUUCUCAAUCCGUGUCCCAGUCCCCUACCAGCGCGGAUCGUAAACUUUUCGAUAAAGUUCUCAGGAGACUGGACAAACUGCAUAAACUGAGCACUGACCCCAGAUUGGGUCUCAAAAACAGUCCGCCGUACCUUCCCGAAUUAGUAUCGGAGACCGCCAUCCAGCUGACAGAAGUAUGGGCACCCUACAGGGGGACCAUGAUGGCCGUGCCACGAGGGGACGAGGGCGAUUAUCUGAGGAUCCAUAUUCGACACUUGCUGGACAAGGCAGAUAGAGCAGUGCUGCUGUUCAAGGAUGGCAAGGAGAAGAUGUUUGAAGAGACAUCAAGCUACAGGAGAAAUCUUACUAAGUUGUCACUCCUCUUCAGCCACAUGUUGAAUGAACUACGAGCGUUGUUUCCUGGGGGACGAUUUGAGGGUGAUACUUAUAGAAUUACAAAGACAGAGGCCAAAGACUUCUGGAGGAAAGCUUUUGGGCACAAAUGUAUAGUGCAGUGGAACAUUUUUAAACAGCAGAUGAGGAGGGUUCAUUACUUUGAAGAGGGAAUGGAGGCCAUGGCUUUGAAGUCUACAGUCGAUCUCACUUGCAACGAUCACAUAUCCAUCUUUGAGUUUGAUAUUUUCACCAGGCUUUUUCAGCCCUGGUCAACACUGUUAAGAAACUGGAAUCAUUUAGCAGUAACUCACCCAGGAUACAUGGCGUUUCUCACCUAUGACCAGGUCAGAGUACGACUAGAGCACUACAGACAUCGCCCUGGCAGCUACAUCUUUCGUCUCAGUUGCACACAAAUGGGUCAGUGGGCGAUUGGUCAUGUGACCACUGAUGGCAGCAUUGUGCAAACCAUUCCCCAAAAUACACCUCUUUACCAAGCACUCAUACAAGGUUUCAGGGAGGGCUGCUAUUUAUAUCCCGAUGGGCGUGAUGUGAACCCUGACCUCACCAGCUUGUGCAGUCCGACUCACAAGGGCCGAGUCAAAGUCACAGAGGAGCAGUAUGAAUUAUACUGUGAGAUUGGAAGCACUUUUCAGCUCUGCAAGAUCUGCACAGAACGAGACAAGGACACUCGCAUUCAGCCCUGCGGGCAUCUGCUGUGUCAGCCCUGCUUGACUGGCUGGCAGAAGUCAGACGGGCACACGUGCCCCUACUGCCGCUGCGACAUCAGAGGCACAGAGUCCAUCCUCGUUGAGCCCUACCUGCCAGCGAGAGACAGAGGGGCAGGGGGGAACGAGGAAGAGGAGGAAGAUGAAGAUGAGGAGGAUGAUCAUGAGGAUGUGGAGCUGGUGAUGAAAAAACUGGCUUGUAUGAAAAAGAUAUCACAGGAGGAGUAUCAAGUUCCCCGUUCCAGUCUGUCACCUCCUCCCCUUCCUCCCAAAAGACAUCCACUCUCUCCAUGUCCAUCUCCCAAACCACCCUCCAGAUCAUUUAGCAUAGGCACACAGAAAGUCAAACACGGUUCCUGGUCAGAAAACAUGUUAAGACAAACUUCCUCAGAUAGAAGUGAGGAACUUUUGGAAGAUUUCCGUCCCUCCUCAUUGCCCUAUUUCAAAAACAGUGGGGUGUCCUGGGAAGGGCCUACAGAAACUGUAAAAAGGAAGAGGAAAGAGAAGAGAAGAGAUAAGGAAGAAGAGCCUAACAGAGGUGUGGCAGAUUCACUUCCCGCAGGAAAUGACAUUCAGGGGGAGAUAGAAGAAAACACUUCAUCCUGACAGUGAAAUUCACCCCAUAUGUCUAAGUGUAAAGUAUAUUGGCAAGCAAUUUUCAACCAAAAUUCAAUUCAAAGGACUCAACAAUCACCAGAUUCAGAAUAUACAUGUAUUUAAGAUUAUUAGUUCAAUUGAUCAUUGUGUUGACAGCAGAAAACACACAUAUUACUGCUCACACCUUUUUAACACAUUUUAAAUUCUACCUCAUGCCUACUAAAUUUGUAGAGUACAAGCACUGUGUUUUGACAGACCACGAUGAAUAAAAAACUUUAAAUAAAACAAACCGUAGACUUUUUUUCUUUUAUAACUAAAGAUAUAGGUUCUUUAACCUUAUCUAAAUAAGAUGGAAGUAGGUAGUUUCAAUUCAAACCAAAUAAAGUUUCACAUUACAUAACAGUGACAGUUUGCAUAUUUACAGUUUCAUAUUUAGUAGAAGAAUGGAUGUCAUCGGAUACCCAUUUUCCACAAGUUGUCUGCGGUAAAACGGUAAUGUCAAUUAAUAGUCAUGAGAGAAACUUGUGCAGAACUACGUCAUUCUGCCAGGAAUCUCAGAACAGCCUGAUCUGAAAAAGUGAUUAUUAUUAUUAUUGGGGAUUUAAAAGAAAAAGAAAUAUGCAUGUACAAUAUACAAAGUGAAUUUUGCAUCCGGUGACCCCUUUAACAAACAAUUGGAAAUAUUUAUUCUUUGUACUGCUUAGAAAAUCUAUGAAAACCCUUGAGUUUGCACCAGAUCUGUUCAAUAAAACUGUGUUGUUGGUU